UAUAGCAGCUAUUUCCUGCCUUUGUCAUGUCGACGCCAUCAGCAUCACCAAUUCAUUUCAUCUUCGACAAGUCAUACACAAAGUAAACUCAAUAUCAAACUUCAUACCUAAAGAUGGUUGAGAAACAAUCACCGGAAUCUGCUUGGUCGUUUUCUCUGGGAUCCACUCCGAGUGAUGCAGGCUCCUCUGUUCAAGUUCAUGCUGAGAAUGGAAGUCCCAGAACACAGAGCCUAUCAGGAACAAAACGACCGUUGACCCCCUCUGUACGAGAUCCAACACGGAUAACUGUCGAUCCUGUCAAAGAGAGAUUAUCUCGGACGGGCCCGCCAUCACCAUCUAUUUCAUCGCAUAGCAGCGAGCCACCACUUCGUGAUGACCUACUGAGAGAUCUUAUCCAUUCCUACGAUACCCAUCUCGUCACCACUGCUUCAGUACCCGUCCGCCACAGCCUUAAACGUCCACAUGAUGGGGCGCUCACAGACACCGAACCCCUAGCAAAAAGAGACAGGCUUAUCGAAGAAUUAGAACAGAUGGCACCCACUGGCAGUAAAGCAGCCAUUGAAUCCUUACCUACCAGACAAAAAGAGAUCAAUGAGCACGGCGAUCCGGCAGCUUUCACUCGUGCUGAGACCACAAUACCGACUAUAGAAGGGCAUACCAGAGUCGUUCUACCGAUUAGGUCGUCCACGAAAAGACAGACCAGUCGGCAACAACGCAGACAAACAACCGCACUGCCUGAACAGCAUGAGCAUGCGGAAACAAAAUCAGAGCAAGGCACCUGAGAAAGCCGCCUGCUUGAUGAUUCUCUGCAGUGACCAACAGCAUUGAUGUAACUUCUGGUUGAUGAUCUUGUGUUUCUUUUUUUCCUCUGCUCAUGCAAGUUCAACUUGGCCUAGGCCUUACGAACCAAACAAACAGUCAACAAGGCGUCCUGACAAGACAUUUCUCAUUGCGUACACCUGAGAUCAUGGUACCAAGAGGGCUCUGAUGUUCCGUCAAUUUAUCAAAUUGCUCCUUGUUGUUA